UUUUUUCAAACUGUCUGCAAAAUUAUAUUAAUUAUUUCUACUUUAGUAAUUAUUUGUGCCAUCAUCAUGUUGUUAUUCAAACGAAAAUUACGAAAGACCGAUAGAUACAACCAACAUCGUCAUCAUCAUAAUCGAUCGAACAAUGUUCAUGAUGAAUUUAUUGAUAAACAAAUUGAACAUCAUACAUCAUUACCAAUCCCACCACCACCACGGCCACCAACAUCACAAUCAAGAGUUAUGGAUGGAGUUUUUCCACCCAUCUAUAGUGAUUAUAAUAACACUAUGAAUAUAACGCCAAUAGUCAACAUUCAAUCAAAAUUAUCAAACAUCAAAUCGAUUAGAAAUAAUGAUCCAUCUUUUAGAUCACAGCCCUUUGUUUACGGUGGAGGCAAUGUUAUUCGUGUGGAAAAUCCUGCCAAUCAAUAUCCAACAAUUCACUUUAAAUCAAUCGAUUAAAAAUUGUUAAUUUUUUUUUUUGAAAUGAAUUUU